AUGCAAGGUGUGCUACCAGGACAUGAAGAUGGUCUAGUAAUUACAGGAACUCUAGUUAAUUGCCGGAUGAAAAAGAUCUUCAUAGAUGCCAGUAGUUGUGCAGAUAUCAUCCUUUGGAAUGCUUUCAAAAGAAUGAACUUGGAUGCAGAAUAUCUCAAGCCUUGUAAGACUACCCCGAUAGCCUUUAAUGGAGAAAAUACACCCCCUAAAGGCUACAUAGAUCUCAGGUUGACUUUGGGAAUGAAAGAAGCAUUCAAAUUAGAACGAGUAACGUUCAUUGUAACUGACUUUCCCUCUCCAUAUAAUGUGAUCCUAGGAAGACCAACCCUGUAUAAGUGGGACAUGCUGGUCUCCACAAAACAUCAUAAGUUGAAGAUGGUAAGCAAUAAGAAUGAAGCCAUCACCAUUCAGGGGGAUCAAAGAGAAUCACAGGAAUGUUACUUUGAGGCUGUCAAAGAAAAUGAAGGUGCACAUGAGAGAAGAUAA